AUGGAUAAACAUCCUAAAAUGAGAGCUAAGACGAGAUUCAGAAACGGUGAAAAAGGCUCAAGAACUGAUGAACAGGUACCAGAAUGUGUCAAAACAGAAGAAAAUUGUGUUUUGAAGAAACCUCAUGUUGUUUCAACCUGUGCUGUCAAAGCUCAACGAGUCAGAGAACCAACUCAAGUUAACAGCUUGACAACUCACAGACAAGAUCAUCCACAACAUGAAGAUUUGAACUCACUAACAGGAGAUCUUGGGAUUGAACAGGACGACGCUGAUUGGAAAAUGUUUCCAGUUUAUCCCUCAGAUCAAACUUCAGUGAGCAACAGCGAUAACGCGCUUUCCUCUUUUAAUGCAAUUUCUCACGGUUUCUCAGUUAAACACACCCCACAGUCAUUUGAUUGGAAUUUGUCCGGUGAGGUGCCUUUCCAAAAUAUAAACCAUCAGCCAAUCAGCAUGGAUUAUUUUCCAAUAUUAACCGAUCAGCCAAUCAGCGCGGCGUCUGUGAUAAACCGUGAGCCAAUCAGCGAGGCUUCGGUGCAGAUCAAUACCCAAGGACUGAACUUCACUCAGUCGCCUUCUGGAGCAGAAAGUGAGGUGGCAAGAUCUCGGAACAAAAAAAAAUCUAUCAAAAAGCCCAUGAAUGCCUACUUCUUAUGGUCAAAGAUCCAUCGACCCAUCUUGUCUAAGGCCAACCCCAAGGCCAGCAACUGCGCCAUCAGUGUUCAACUGGGGAUAGAAUGGAACAAACUGUCUGAAGAGCAGAAGAAGCCAUAUUACGAAGAAUCCCACCGAAUUAUGGCACAACACAUGGAGAAGUACCCAGAUUGGGACUGUCAGCCACGCAAGGUAAUAAAGAAGCGUUCAGAAGCAUCCAGAAGGCCACCGGUCGUCCCUGUGACCCAAAUCUCCUCACCUUUCACUCUGACGUGGGCACAGAGAUCUAACCCUUACCCAGAGUCCCUAACAUCAGUGGGAAACAUCACAGGGCAGAGCAGUCUAAAUUCUCCAGCCAACAUGAACCAGGCCAUGGAGAUGCAGCACAGUCUUAUCAACACAGAUCAACAUCUUCUCUCUGCUCCUCACUGUAUCCUGUCUGGAAACCUCCACAUGACUGGACUGCAGUUCUACCCACCAGAAUCCAUGCCAUGCUCAAGCUAUUCUAGCCAUUUUACUGACGUCAUGAGCCACUAUGACGAUCUGAGGCAUGAGGUGUCUGUCUUGAACUGCGAAUAUUCCCAUUAUGAUAAUAAUUAGAAGGAAAGUCUUUUCUUUAUCUCUGGAUGUCUGGGUUCCUUUUUGUUCCCUUGACAGGAUUGCA